AUGGCAAACAUUCGCUUCGGCCGGUUAGGAGAGACUGAAAUACGGAAACCUUCCAAAGUACUCUUGGUUUUCUUCAUUUUAUUUAUACUGCUGCUUAUUCUAUCAGCAACCUUCAUUGCGCUGUAUGUUAUAGAGAAAACGAAAUCUACAGAAUCGCCAACUGGGACAUGUAGUUCUCCUGCUUGUGUCACCAGUGCUGCAGGUAUGUUAGGGAUGGUUUCAUUAUCUUGCUUUUCGUGGACAAAUUAGCAUACAAAAUAUAUUUCUUUUCUAACAAUACAGCUAAUUCAACUAGUUGUCAUUCAAAGUAUUGACCUCUAAGCGCGAAAAGCACGAUGUAAUGCAUAUACAGUAUGUAUAAUUCAUACUUAUGAAUCAUUUUGGUUCGCGUAAUUAAGAGUUUAACUGUAUCAUGUGGUGAGCUAGCCAUAGAAGCAGAUCAUGCUAUGCAAAUUUUUAAUGAUUGCAUUAUUCAAACCUGUCUAUUUUGUUUAAAAUAGCAUGACCAGUUGUCUUGUCUAGCCUCGCUAUAGGUAAAUAAACGAUUUAUAAGAUACGAAUUCCAGUGAUAUUCACCGAUUUCGGAUUUUAUUUUCAAUCACUUCUAAUCCAAUUCAUCAUCAACAGCAAACCCAUCAGAAUUCAUUGGAUUUUUGACUCGAUCCGUCGGACCUUCAAAACACUUGACUACAAGCAUAAAUGCUAUAGAUAUACUUAUUAGCAAAAUAUAAUAACUAUGCAUGCAUAACCAAUCUCAAACGGUCUGCGCCAGUGGUAGAGCCCUAUUCAACUACCUGAAAAAUGCAAGGGAGAAUUCGACGUCGACAUUUCGAGCAAACUAUUCUCUUAUUUGAUAUAUUAAUUGUAGCUAGGUAAAAAAUUGGUCUUGGCAUAACCUGCCUCAUGAUAAUAAACCCUCUUGACCCUCCGAAGACAAUGUUAAGAGGCAAUUUUUUUCUAUAUCACGUAUUUGCGAUGAAAAGUGUUCAAAACCGAAAAUCUUUUUGAUGUACAUCUAAAAAUUGCUUUGUUUUAGCUUUAUUCUCUAGUUUAUACAGUUAGCUACCUUUUUCAAUGCAUUUGCCGGUUGAGAAACAUAAAAUAAUAUAUCUUAUUGGAUUCUUCUGAGCCUAAUAUUGAAGUCUCGACUUAAUAUUUUGCCAUAUUGGGCGAAGAUGAAUCCAAUAGGAGUUUUAUUAUAUCGAACAAAACAAUUCAAUAAAAAAAUUAUCAAUAAGCCAUAAAGUAAAUACAGCUAGACUAAUACAGCGACAACAUUGCUACAUAUAUCGGCGGCGAAUUUGCUUAAAUAGCUAAAAAAAAGUUAAUAAACCUGUUUUUACAAAUAUGUGUGUAUAAAUAAACUCAAUUCCAUGUAUCUGUUUAAAGGAAAUUUGACCUAAUUUUAACGAAAAAAAUAAUAUUACUAACUUCUAGGCUGUUGCAAACAAAUAAAUUUAGCGAAGACAAGUUUUCCCGCGCUUUUAUAAUUUUAAACAAAACUGGUAGAAAAAACUGUAUUAAUGUCCCAAAUUCUUUUCAUUAUUCUGCCAUAUCGUUUGUCGUAUGUUUGAAAUUGACAAAACAUCUGAAAAGGGUUGAAAAACCAUGAAAAAAGCCACAAUUCGCAACUGUCCAAUAGGUUCCUGUCCAAUAUCGUAAAAUAUUGGAUCGGCACGUGACCCUCUCAAUGAUUACUGAAUGGUUAAGUGCGCGUGAGUGUAUAAUAAUAGCAAAAACAUGUCAAUUAAUAUACAAUUAUCAAUGACGCUUUAAAAGUGACGCCUAUUCACGGCAAUAUAAGCCAAACUUGCUGAAUUUCAGAAAUCAUUUUCUCUUUGGCGUACUAUCUAAAAUCUCUUCAUUUUGGCAUUAUUUUACAGAUAAAGGAAUAAACAUACGUUUAAAGUUUGUUUGCCGAUUGAGAAACGUAUCGAAAAAUAAAAAUUUAGGAUGUAUAGUCAUAACAGCAAGUGGUAGUGAGUGUUUUGAGUGCGUGUUACGUGACAUACAAAAAAAUCUCCUCUUAAUUGAAUUAGCUGUAUUUAUUUUCGAUACAUUGUUCGCCAAGACUAUAGGGAAGAUUUGAGCAUACGUUUAGGCCAUAUAACAUUUUAUGAUGUCAACUAUGACUUCUUCUGAGCCAGCAAGUCUUCAAGUUUUAGUCAGUGAAUCUGAUCUGACGGGUGGACUUAGAAACCGCACGAUAUUUCAACAUAAUGAUUCCUGUUGAUCAAAUUCUUCAUCCUUAAUUGAAUCAGAGAAAUAAAAUAUUUGACUACAUUUUCUGCUGUAUUCUUCUUGCAAAUCAGCUGAAAAGUUAUUUUGGUCAAGGUUUGGACAGCGCGCGAUGAGGGUGAAUUGCAAUUAUAAUAUGUAACAUUAACCUUUUGUCAAUUACAUCUUGUUUAUUUCGAAAUUUGCUUUUGAAAUUAGUGUAGUAUCAUAGACAGUUUCAGAUGUUUUAAAUUUUUUUGGAAGCAGCUUUGAGAACGAAAUUUACCAUAAAAUUGUUCAUGUAUUUAAAAGCGCGGGCUCAUAAAACAUGUCAAGUAUAAAUUGAUGGGAAAAACUACUCGUUUGUGGUACACACGAGCAAAUAAACUCGUCCAGAAACUUGUGAAGAAAAACUUGCUCGUCUGUGCUGGGUUAUGUAAGGGAAGUAUAAUCAAAAUACAAUGUACUGUACAACUUUUUAUGAGUUGAUUAAUGCCCGGAUCUUGUCUAAGGUCCUGCGGGUUGGCAAAUAAAUAAAAGUCAAAUAAAUAAAAAUUAUAAUUAAUUGCGACUACGUACGAUAAGCCUCUGAAUCUAGUACAUGCAAUUUGAAGUUAAUGAAACAGAUUUCAAUUUGUGAUUCUGUUCCUGUGAUUAGAAAUUAAAUCUUAACAUUAAUAUUAUGGCAAAAAUACAUUAUAUCAAGGCGACCAGGCCUAGCCGAAUUGCCCGAUUUUUAAAGUAAAUCUGCCCGAUUAUCCCCUACCCUUGUGCAAAUGUGGAUCGAUAAUGAGACGAAUAUUCAAGUUACAAACUCUCAAACUAAUAAUUUUAUCUUUUGUGAUUUGUGUGGACAACAUUCGUUCCCAUCUCUGCCUUGGAAACGUCCUACAGUCGCGCCCCUCGCGACACCUUUUGAAUUUGUACAAACACAUUUUAAAAUCAUUAUAAAAUCCAGACAUUUCAACAAAUAGCCUAAUACGAUAAAAUACAAAACUUUAAAUAAUACUACCGUUAAUUUUAAAAUAUUAUUUCCAAAGAAUAUUAUUUAAGCCAUAGUUAUAUAUUAUGAGAUAACAUCCUCCUUUAUCACGUGGCAUGAGCCUGCUGGUAAAUUUAAUCAUUGCCUUACGGAACUGUGUUUACAAUAGCCAUCUUAAACAACCUUGAUGAAUCCAUCAAUCCAUGCGAUGAUUUCUAUCAGUACAGUUGUGGAGGAUUCUUAAAAAAGACUCAUCUACCAGACGGCCAAGAUCAAAUAGGUGGAGAUACUCUAUCACAAGAGUCUAUUCAGAACGCCCUCAAAGAGAUAUUUGAGAAUGAAGAAUUGUUGUCAAAUUACUCCAAGGUAACGAUCUCUCUACUGUAUCUAUUUCAACUUGGUUUGAUUUGUUUGUUUGUUUGUUUGUUUGUUUGUUUGUUUGUUUGUUUGUUUGUUUGUUCAAUGUUUUUGAUCGUAUGUUUUUGUUUAUGCAUUUGUGAAUUGUGUGUUUGCUUCUUUGUUUGUUUUUUAUUUGUGUUUUAUUUGUUUGUUUGUUUGUUUGUGUUCUUAUUUAUUUAUUUGUUUGUUUGUGUUUUUAUUUGUGUGUGUGUGUGUGUGUGCGUGUGUGUGUGUGUGUGUGUCUGUCUGUCUGUCUGUUUGUGUUUUUUUGUUUUCGUUUGUUGAUACUCUGUUUGCUUGUUUGUUUUUGUUUGUUUGUUUUUGUGUGUUUUUUUUCUGUUUGUGUGAUUGUUCGUUUGUUUGUUUGUUUGUUCGUUUGUUUCUUCUGGUUUUGUUUUUUCCUGUUUGUGUUUUGUUUGUGUUUUGUUUGUGUCUUUAUUUGUUAUUGUUUUCACUUGGCAUAAGUCAUGGGAUAAGAUUUAACAAAUAGAUAAGAUUUUGCCGUUGUAUGUUCAGUUAUUGAUACACAGUAUGACGUCAAAAUGUUGGAAAAACCUAAAAGUGGCGCGAGCCGCAGAGGCGAGUGGAUAACUUUUUUGUACUUCCCACAUUAUGACGUCAUACUGGGUAUCCAUAACUGAACAGACAACGGAAAAAUCUUAUCUAUUUGUUUGAUAUAAUAAAAAGAAAAACUCCGAAUUAAACAGGUAGCUAAAUAGCUUACUUUUUAUCCACCUAAACAUUUGGAAAUUUGAAAAAGCCGAAAUUUUACAAAUAUCACGCGUACAUGAUCUAUACAAAUAAGGGAAUGCCAUUGGCUACCUUAAGUAUGUCACGUGUGACGUAAUUCCGUGCGUCCUCUAAUAUAGCUCUAGAUCAACGAAAGCGUUUGAAUUCUUAACGUUAUUAUAUAAAAAAGUAUAUUUUGGUUGAGCUUGUAUUUAUAAUAAACACAGAAAUUUGCACCAAUAAGCACGUCUAGGGGUUGGGAAAUGUUUUGUUCAUACGCGUGAGACCGCAAAAAUGUGAUUUGAAAAUGUACUUACAAAAAGUGAAAUCAAGACCCGAUGGUCUAUUAAUUUCUAUAAUUGACUAACUCGGCUCAGUUCUUCAUGACUUCAUACAUUUUCUCCAAUCAUAAAUUAACUACAAUCGAUAAUAAUGACUAAAGAUCUUAGUCUAUGACUGGGAAUCAUGUCGAUCAGUGAAUUUAGACAAUUCAACUGGUUGUAGCUGGAUUUUCAUAUUAUUAAGAAUAAUACCCAGAAAUGUAAUUGAUGUAUACUCUCAAAAGGCCAAAUUAAAAAAAAUUUUAAUGGCCUAGUGGUCGCAAGAGAUGUUGAUAUAGAAUUCAUGGUAAAAUGAAAAAUAAAUCAGUAUACCUACAACAAAAAUUACGAAAAAAUAAUAUCUAUUUUUUAUCUUUUGUUUUUAAAAGUUUUACAAAAUGUGCAUUCAAAAACUUGUUGCGCUCCCAACUUUUUAACCAACCCGGUCUAUAAGGACCUCUAGACCUAGAGAAAGUAGUUAUAAAUAGGUUAGUUUAGUUUCACUAAUAUAAUAAGCUAACUUUUGUCUCCUUGCACAUUAUAAGCCUGUUUUGAAUAAAAUAUUUGUUAUAUAAAAAUAAUCAAAUUAUGCCUUUCUCCCAAUAGGAUGCGAAUUCAGCGGUCUAUAAAGCUUACAUCUACUACAAGUCUUGCAUAAAUGAGAGCUAUGUUAGGGAUGCUGGGAUUAAACCAAUUCUUCAUGUAAUAAACAAUAUGGAACAAUAUGGCUCCUGGAGUAUCACUAACAAGAACUGGAGUGAACAUUCGUGGAUACUCGAAAAGGUUUUAGCGAGGGUGGCUGUCGAUCUGAAAAUUAAUGCUUUUCUGUCUUUCGAUGUUCAAAAUGAUCCUUUCAACAGAUCCAAACCGGUUCUUGUGACGGUAAGUGAAAUACAAAUUAUUGAAAACACUGAAAGUGAAACAGUUGUUUUUAAUUUCUAUCAAUAUUGAAGGUUAAUGUAAAAUUGCAAAAGUUGUAUUAAUAUUUGAUAAAGUGCGGACUGCAUGCGAGUGUUAGCUAAAUUAAAUGACUUAAAAACGUCCAAUCUCAUGAAUUUAUUGGAGAAGCAAUUUUAAGAAUAAACGAGCCGAGAAAAUUAAAACUGAAGUUGAUGUAAAUGCAUGAUCAUAACUUUUUAUCACAUAUAUAACCACCGACAUCACAAGGCAAUAAUUUCCUUUGUCUUUUCUUCAAGAAUUCGCACAAUAAUGAGUUUUUAAAAUUUAUAUUGAUGUUGGCAACUCUGCAACAUUAUUGGCAAAAAUAUAAUGGCAGUUAACAAAAACUGCAGCCACCAAACAACAAGUUAUUUUCUUUUAAGGCCUUAUUAGAAGAUAACAUACAACGAAAACACUCCCAGAAAUUGUUUACGACUUAGAAAGCAGAUUUAUAAUUUUAAAAAAGGUUAAAUGCAAGUUUAAAAAAUUGUGCCAAGAGAACGGCAAACACACGAACAGAAUGUAUAUAAAGAAAAUAUAUUUGUAAUCAUCAAGCACUUGCUUUACCUGAAAACCUAUAUAAAAAUAUCUUAAAUUAAACAAGUCUGAGUGAUGUCUCAGUUUUUUUAGUUCUGCAUAAAUUCUUAAACAUAAGUUUGAAGGAUUUUAUAAAUUUUGACUUUGACGAGACUGCUGUCAUUGUUUCUAUUUUACCCGCUGUGAUGUCACAGAUGUACUGGUCAACGGGGCCAUAGUUAAUAGAAUAGAUGGUUUGGAAACUCAUUAGAAUAAAAUAUAACUCAUUAUCUAUGUUAGUCAACGUUUAUUCAUAAAUCUGGUCGUUCACCGUCACGUGCAUAUUGUAUUUUUGCCCAACUAACCAAUAGCAAUGUCUUAGGAAAGUUACCUAUCCGUGACUCGAACAUUGGGUAAAUUGGAAAUUGCUAUAAUUCCUGGAUUUGGCAAAAAUACAAUAAACACGGGACGGCGAAGGACCACAUUUAUGAAUAAACGUUGACUAACAUAGAUAAUGAGUUAUAUUGUUAUGCUAAUGAGUUUCCAAUUAUCUAUUCUAAUACAAUUAUAUUAAUUAUGAUGGGGCACCACAGCACGCGACAUAUGAAUUUGCUCUCAAUUUCGCAAAACAGUUAUUAGCAUCAUGUUUUUUUUAUGUAUACAGCUCCUUUGGGUACUUAUAAUGUGGAAUAACGAAAAAAAAAUUCACGAACUCAAAUUAUAGUUGUUAAUCUUUUCCAACAAACUAAAAAUGGCUUACACACAAAAUUUAAAAGCUUUAAUCAUAUUUCAAACAAUUUGCUUUAGUUUAAGCCUUUAACUAUUCAAUUUGCUUUAGUUUAAAGGGCUUAAACUAAAGCAAAUUGUCUGAAAGUUUGUACAAUAAUUAAAAUCUCAACAGAUUUUCCAUCUAUUAACUCAAAACAUGAUCAAAGCUUUUACAUUUUGCGCGCAAGCCAUUUUUAUUUUGUUGGAAAAGACACACUCCUGGUUCACAAAAUUUGAGUUCGAGAAAUUCUUUCCAUUAUUCUACAGUAUAAGUACCCAAAGAAGCCAUAAUUAUAUAUAUCAAAAACUGAAUACUAAUAGUUGUUUCGCAAAAUUGAGAGCAAUUUCAAAUCUGUUCAGUUUUUUUAAUACAACCUGUAUAGGUAGCUAUACCUGAUCUGAUAAAGAUUAAUUCACUAGCAAAAAUUAUGAGUAAAUGUAAUCAUAAAUUUGAGUUAUAUUACUCAAUAUUUUGAGUCACUGUGGGUGGAUUAUUUUACUCAGCUUUUCAGUCACAAAAAAUGUUUUGCAGUAUGAAGAGUUUAGCUGGAUCCAUGCUUGCAUUUUAUUCUGUUUCUGCAUUAUAAUUAUGUUCUAGAUUUCUGGAGGUUCUUCUCCCAGCCAUCUGACUAAAAAGGGUAAAAAAGCAAUGCAUAAUGAAGAGGUAAGUCUCGGUUUGAAGUCCUUGAUCUAUUAUAAUGUAUCGUUGAGUCAAGAACAAAUUGAUCAAAUUUUGGUUAAAUUGUGAUGCAAAUUGAAUGCAAAAUUAGCGAACAUUUGUCUUGUUCAUCCAGGGAGAGUAAAUCGAAUGCCUAAUUAUCCCAUUGUAUAUUCCAUAUAGUGAUAAGUCUAAUUUCAAAAUUCGUCUCGUUUAAUUCAUAUAUUGAAUUUUAUGGACUAAUUUUAUUUUGCAGAGUUUUGAUCUAGAUUUCGACAAUAAUUACAAAAUAUUUAUGUCAACUGUAUUUAAAUUGCUUGGAGCUAAUUCGACAGUCAACAACACAAUAGUUGAUGAAGUGGAAAGAAUUAGUAAAUUGGAAAAUGAUUUUUAUAUGGUCAGUAAUCGUUCUUAUUUUCAUUCUCAAUCUUAUGUCUAUAGAUGUGAUAUACAUGGCGCAUGUACAUCAGUAUGUAUAUUAUUCUUAGUUCAAGAAGACAAUAGUUUAGGUUUUCCGGUUUGCAUGCUCCAUCAGAACAGAACAGAACAGUAUAGAAUUAUAAUAAAACUAUUUAUUAUACGAUUGAUGUAAUUUCCAAUUUUGUACGGUUUAUGCGUAAAAUACUAUUAAUUAAGAAGACUAAUUAUUUCGGGUUAAUUACCCUGCCCGAAUAUGCGACUUUGCCAUAUAUGCCUAAUUUUAAAAUACACACUUAAUGUUUGCUCCCGAGGGAAGUAGUUAGUUUUGUUUUCCCGAGAGUCUCAAUGUUUCCCGAGACGAAGUCGAGGGAAACAUUGAGAUUCGAGGGAAAACAAAACUAACUAUUUCCCGAGGGAACAGACAUUAAGUGUUUUGUUAUAUAGCGACGAACAAAAAUCAAUUUCUGACAACAACAUUCAUAUACAACAAUUGUUUUUCGUGGCAAAAACUCUAUAGAGUAAACGAGUUUAAAAUCAAAGAACCUACUUAAAGGGUUUCGGCAGUAUAUCCUGUUUCCUGUUCUGUAUUUUUCUUCCCUUUUACAUUCUUUAUUUGAACACAAACUUGGAAAAUCGUAGUUUGUAAUUAUCGUAGUUGUACCGCCAUUUUGUUUAUUUAUGUACGUGGCCGGUCGGGGCGGGCAACAAUUUUUCACUUGUUGCCCGGCGGGAAACAUUGCAUUUAUCUGAAGUCACGUGACCACAAAUCAGCCAAUCACGUUUGGUGUUCACGCUAGCUAUAUAACAAUGGAUGUUAUCUAAAGUCAGAUGUCGCACUGAUGAAUGAUUUUGUACUACAUUUUGCAGUUAAAGGAGGAUUUGAUAGCCGAGCCAAGUCAAUAUCACAAGUUCGUGAAAUUUAUGACUCUUCAAGAGUUGCAUAAUUUCACAUCGUUUAAG